AUGGCAGCAGAGAUCAUCUUGAAAGUACUGACAGAGGAAGAAGACUUAGAGGCGCCUCUGUGUGUGUUGUAUGGAAAGAGGUAUCCUGUCAUUGCAUUUGGAAGGCACAAAGAACAGCUAUAUGGGGUAGAUGGCCGCUUUUGGAUUAGGCAAACGAGCAUUGAUUGCUGGGAUCGUAUCAUCAUGCAGUUUAAAUCAAUCCACCCAGAUUCUCGUACCGUGAAUCUAAUCAUUUCCUUUUUUUCUCCCAUUGCAGGAAACACUCCAUUACAUCUUGCUGUGAUGUUGGGACAUAAAGAAUGCGCACACUUGCUUUUGGCCCACAAUGCUCCAGUAAAGGUGAAAAAUGCUCAGGGAUGGAGUCCUCUUGCAGAAGCAAUCAGUUAUGGGGACAGACAAAUGAUUACAGCACUCCUAAGGAAGCUGAAGCAGCAGUCCAGGGAAAGUGUUGAAGAAAAGCGACCUCGAUUAUUAAAAGCCCUGAAAGAGUUAGGUGACUUCUAUCUAGAACUUCACUGGGAUUUUCAAAGUUGGGUGCCUUUACUUUCUCGAAUUCUGCCUUCUGAUGCAUGUAAAAUAUACAAGCAAGGUAUAAAUAUCAGGCUUGACACAACUUUAAUAGAUUUUACUGACAUGAAGUGCCAACGAGGGGAUUUAAGCUUCAUUUUCAAUGGUGAUGCAGCACCCUCUGAAUCUUUUGUAGUCUUAGACAACGAACAGAAAGUUUACCAGCGAAUACAUCAUGAGGAAUCUGAAAUGGAAACAGAAGAGGAAGUUGACAUUUUGAUGAGCAGUGAUAUUUAUUCAGCCACAUUAUCAACCAAAUCAAUUACCUUCACACGUGCCCAAACAGGAUGGCUUUUCAGAGAAGACAAAACAGAAAGAGUAGGAAACUUCUUGGCAGACUUCUAUUUGGUCAAUGGACUUGUUUUAGAAUCUAGGAAAAGAAGAGAACAUCUCAGUGAGGAGGAUAUUCUUCGAAAUAAGGCCAUCAUGGAAAGCCUGAGUAAAGGUGGUAAUUUGAUGGAACAAAAUUUUGAGCCUGUCAGACGACAGUCCCUCACUCCACCUCCACCCAACACAAUUACGUGGGAAGAAUACAUAUCUGCUGAAAAUGGAAAAGCUCCUCACCUGGGUAGAGAGUUGGUCUGCAAAGAAAGCAAGAAAACAUUUAAAGCUACAAUAGCUAUGAGCCAGGAAUUUCCCUUGGGAAUUGAAUCAUUAUUGAAUGUUUUAGAAGUAAUUGCACCCUUCAAGCACUUUAACAAACUUAGAGAAUUUGUUCAGAUGAAGCUUCCACCAGGCUUUCCUGUAAAGCUAGACAUACCUGUAUUUCCUACCAUCACGGCCACGGUGACAUUUCAGGAGUUUCGCUACGAUGAGUUUGACGAAUCCAUCUUCACUAUUCCUGAUGACUACAAGGAGGAUCCCAGCCGUUUCCCUGAUCUCUAAUUUAACUGGAAGGUUAAUGACAAUACCAGCACACCACAGUGAAAGCAAGUGGAUGCAGAUAGCCCACAAAUACAAUUAUAGAAGUGGUUCAAAAUGGAAAGGAUAAAUCUUUUUUAAAUGAUCCAGAAGAAAAGGGAACACACACAACUUAUGUACUGAAAUUCACUAUAAUGGGCAUCUAAUCUAGUACCUGACUUGCAAGUUUCCUGAUGUCAUUUAUAUUUUAUACAUACAGUGCUGCGAGUGUGAUAGUUUGACACCUCAGCAACUUUAAGGAGACUUUAGCAGCUGUGAGGACUGUCAUUUGUUUAUAAAUUUUUUUACAUUUGUUCUUGGUGAUACAAAAAGCACUCUUGGACCAUUCGCGCAAAAACUGAAAUGUCUUACCUGGAUAUUAGACCUUUAAAACAUCCCACCUUAACAAGGUGACCUUAUAAUAUUCUUUCAAGCUGUUUUCAUAAACUGUAAACUAUGUAACAUUAUGUAUAGUUCAGUAAUUUGAAUGUUAGUUGAACGUAUAUUAGAAGGAAUGCAUUUUCUGUAGAUGAAUGAACCAAAUGGUAACCAUUACACAAUUGCAUUUACACAUUGCAAUACACUUCAGAAAGAGCAUUCACUCUGCAGGGAAUAAGGUACCUCCUUUAGCACCUUAGUGCAAUCCAUUGUGGUGCUAUUCAUUUUUUUAUCUGAACUGUUAAUUUUUUCAUUGCAAGCUGUUUACUAAUUUUAUUUUCAAAGAAUUUGCAAAUAUUUCCCCUUGUGGUGGUUUAAAAAUCCUUGCUGUUCAUGAUAUGGUUUGAUUAGCAUGCUUGGAAAUUGAUCUAUGGAGGAAUUGAAUCACGUGUGGUGUUUUACUUUUGGUUGAGACUUGCCCUAUAUUUGCACACAGGAACAUAUUAAGACACAAUCUCAAGACAUUAGAAAAGUUAAGUGAAAAACAUUUCUUGAAAACCUAGUAUAAUUGUAGGGCACAUUGAAUAGGACUCUCAGUGGAAAAAUGUACACUUUUCUAAUACUUGGGUUGUAAUUUCAACUUCUUCCACUUGCCAGGAAUUGGCUUCUUUAACUUACUCAUUCCACUGUCCUAAAUCUGAAGGGAAUCUAGCUUUGUUUUGCUAGAAAGAAUGUGUCUCGCUUGCUGUUAGUGCUAAUUGCUUGUAUGAGAUUCAGCUUUAAUUGCUGUGGUGCAAGUGUACAGAAAUGUAAAUUUUCAAAAUUGUGUGCACCCUAGUUAAACUUCAUUUUCUAGACACCAAUACAGUAAAUAUUAAACUUGAAUAUCUAGAAGGAACUGUCAAUGCAUAGUAAAGGUAACCUAUUAAUUAGAUGGAUGAUUAAAUAAAAGCAGACUUGACAGCCACUGAUUUUAUUGGAAAAUGGUUAAAGUAAAAUUAUUUCAAAGGGCUUUGGAUUUUAUAUAGAUGGAGUCAAAGAGGCUGCCACAGAGAAGUACUAUAUCCAUUGUUUAUGGAUGAGUUGUAUCCCUUGCCUCAAUAGCAAUGGACUGACAGUAGGAAAUAAGGAUGGUUGCUUCAUUCCAAUAUGUAAAGUUAACAGUUGCCUAUUUACAUUGCAGAUUCUGGUGACUGAUAUGCUAGAAAGAACUUGGCCAUUUCUGAAUGAAAAGAAAAAGCACUAGUGAAUUGUAAAAUAGUUGCAGUUAUUCCCAAAGUACCUAGUAUCUCAGAUGUUGAACAUUUAGAAAUGACUUCUUCUAGGUAAUGUCUCUCAGGUUUUACACUGACUGUGAAUUGGUACCUACCUUGCAUCCUCCCUUGGCACCAGCUAAAAUCCAUAGCAGUAAAUGAGACUAGUAGACGGAAUUAACUUGUUAGCUCUGCAGGUCAACGUUAAGCUUCAGUAGUAGGGCCUGUUGUAGGAACUUAUAAUGCCCCCAGUUAUAAGUGUUCUAAGGAUAAAUAGUGAGAGGACUUUAGUAUCCAGUGCUGCCAGUCCAGCAUGAGUGACAAGCCCUAAACCUGUUCCUACAAUAUUUGUAUUUUUUAAUCUAAUAAAGUACUUCGCUGUUGGCAAUUUCAGUAAAGACAAAUUGGGAUGUUUGAUACAUCAAUAGAUGGUUUAAUCUUCCUUAUUACAAGCAAGGAACUAGUGCUUUGAAUGAAAAAGAAAUUAACCAACCCACCAGCCUAUAUAAGAAAUGCUGCAACCAUAAGAAAUGCUAGAAGCGGCAUGUCUUAUAUUAAAGGCAAUAUAACUGGAUUGGAGGGGCGGGGAGUUUUAUUUUUAAUUAAACCUUGAGACAAAGGGUACAGUCCACCUGCGGUAAGUGAGUUCUGAAGAGAGGAUUAUAAUUUCCUCUAAUGAAUUGUCAGAUUUAACAUGCAGUAUAUGGAAACACUCCUGGUGUCAGCAGUAGGCUUUGGGUCAAGCCUUACAUUCAUUAAAACCUCUUCUGAGGUAGAGUCAUUUGAUUGUAACUAGCUUAUGUUUUAGAACAGUUUUAGAUUCCACUAUGGCCUCAGUCAAACUGAAAGAAUUGGCACUCAAUUCCUUGUCAGAUCCUUUGGGGAGACUAUAAUCUGGCUCUACAUUCCCACUGACGAAUUUCAAAACACAACUAGAUGAAAUGUGUACCUUCUAGAGUGCUUCUUAAAUAAUAUGCAGAAGGCUAAGUCUUAGCAAAUGAGGAUGUGUGUGUACAAAAGAUCAGUGUUGAAGACCAACAUCUGUUGUGUAUAGCAGGAAGCUUGCAUAGCUUUCUUUGUUUCCCUGUCACCCUCGUGCCAUGUAAUAAAGGAUAAGUAUCCCCUCUAGUGAGUGUGUACAACCACAGUAUUUUUUACAGAAUGCAUAAGAGUCCUUACUUCAGCAUAACAAUGAACAUGUCAUUUAAUUAUUUAAAAAAAAUGUACAUAUGCAUAUAAAGGGACUUGUAACAAGAAGAUGCAUUGAAAUGUGAAAGGCAGCUGAUUAUUUAAAGUACUGAUUGAAUGUCUCUAGUCUGGCAACAUCUGUGGGCCAGCAUGACUUUAGUUUGGCAGAUGUCCACUUUUCAUGGGGUGUAGCUAAGUUUCCCAUGGUCCCAUAGUUUGUUUAUACUCACCAGACUAGCUCUGUGCAGGUGAGCUCUAAUUUACCCCUAAAUAUCUUAAGAGUCCAGGAAGCAGUGGAAGUGUUGGUAAUACCGCUAGACAAUACUAACCUCCGGUAGUUAAGAAAAUUCUCUGAUCUGGCAGUGGUUGAAGUUCCAAGGAUGCCAGACUAGAGAAGUUAAACUUGUACAACAUUUCUGGAAGUUACCUUAUUUGUGUAUCAACCAUAGCUUAGUGCUGCUGUGGGAAAUAAACCAAAAAUGUUACUCUUCCACAAUCAUGCACAUUCUAAAACACUCAAGAUUUAGGGAUGCAUGUGAUGAAUAAUGCUGUGUCAUUGUCUGAUGUCCAGUUUUUUUUAAAAUUUCAAGAUUUCUCACUUGGUAGAGAUAAGGAAUCUCAGGAGAGCAAAAUUAUUGAAGGAACAGCCUAAAUGUUAUGUACCUUUUAAAAAGUUAGCUGUUGGACCUGACUUUCUUAUUAGUGAUUUUAAUAUUGUAAAUCAAGUAUUUCAAACAGCCAUUGAUUCUCAAAAGCUGAAACAGGAAAUAUUUGCAAACAAAGUCCUAUAAUUGUUCCGUAACCAAACUCAGUUUUCCUGGUCUUCCAAAAUAAUUUGUGACUAAGGGAAUGCAUUAUUUUCUUUCUAAGUAGCUGCUUUUCCAGUGACUGUAAACAGUUUAAUAACUGCAGUUCUGGACAUAAAUAUUUAUCAGUUUUGUAACACAACCAUUUGAUAUUUUGCUGAAAACCCAAGGUUAGUAGUAUAUUCAAAGCAACUGUUUUAAAUAUUUUUUAUUUUUUUUAACUCAUGCAAGGAUAAUUACAUUUAAACAAAUCUCCUGAAAUGCUGCAGAGUAAUUUUCUUUUAUUUAGACAAUUUUAAUAAUCAUGGAAACUUAGGGUCACUUUUUUUUGCAUUUUACUUUUUGUGUGGUCUGUGUUAACUCACCUUCACUAAUAGUAAUGUUUAGGUUGUAUCAUCUGUUAGAAUAACAGAAUAAAGACCAAAAGAUUCUGUUUGAUUCUGAAACUGAACAUGUGAAAACUUUAACUCUGUACAGUACUUUACAUAUGUACAUUGUGGGCACUUUGUACAUGUUUGAGCAAAGAUUGAGUUGAGGAAAGGCUGGAGUUCAACUCAUUCUAUAAAGGAUGUUUUAUUGGUCAAUUUUUAAAUAAAAUAUGAAGUUUUCAGUAA